AUGCCCAGCGAACAGAUACGGUUGGCGAGCGGGCAGGCGGGCGGCCAGGGCACUACGCCGACCGCGGGCGUGCUAACAUGGCCGGCGAAUGGACCACGCCGGCGGCUGGGGCGUGUACAACACGCCAACCGCGAGCACCCAGGGCCAGUGCCCCGCGUGCAAACGCAGCAGACGAGCGCACCGCGGGCACGGGCACAGCGGCUGGUACGCGGAAGGGCGUACGGAUGGCGCGUGACGAGUGGGGACACGCGAGCACGAGCGAGUGGGGAGGACGGGGAGGAAGACGAAGACGGCGGGCGCAGGCAGCAAGCGCACACCCGCCGACUCGGAGGUACCACCGAGGGUGGUCAACUCGCGGACCACCGCCAACACCGGCAGUGA